AGAUUCAGAGAGGCGAGGCAUGAAAACAGGAAGUUUGUGGCUAGUCGCAAUCUGAGGAACUUUGUUUACAUCUUGUAAGACUAGUUUAGUAAGAGCCAUUGUCAGUCAAAGCAAUCAUUUUCUGGGAUCUGGAAUGGCCUUUUCCAUACUUUGCUAGACAAAACUAUGAUACAACCUCGGUAGUGUCUGGCAAACGUUUAGCUAGUCCAGGCAUUGUCACACAGCUGGCUAGCUAGCUACUGGAAUGGAGUAACGUUAGCGCCUGAGAUCAGGAUUUGUUUACAAUGAAUCAGCUGACUAACGUUAGGUAGUUAGCAAGGUGACUUGCGGACUUCAUUCGUUGAUAGGUUUAAGCUUACCAUGAUGAAAUGCAGAUAUAAUGUAAUAUUUCUUCAAUAAACCUAUUGCGUAGACGAACAGCAUGCGUCUGCAACAUUGCUAACGAUUUAGCUAACGUUAAGCGUCAAACGCCUAAACUAGCUCGCCAGCAAGGAUUGUUAGCUUGCAACUUAUUAACAGGUAACUUAUCGUUAAAUGUACCUUCUGUUAGUUGCCUGGGAGAUAAGCUUUGUUCAAUAAUGCCAUGCACAUGUGGGAAUUGGAGGCGGUGGAUCCGUCCCUUGGUAGUGGUCUUGUAUAUUUUACUCUUGCUUGUGGUACUGCCACUCUGCAUAUGGGAGCUACAGAAAUCAGAGGUCGGCACACACAACAAGGCAUGGUUCAUCGCAGGUAUUUUUGUGUUCAUGACCAUACCUAUAUCACUAUGGGGAAUCUUACAACAUCUGGUAAACUACACCCAGCCGGAACUGCAGAAGCCAAUCAUCAGGAUACUCUGGAUGGUUCCUAUUUACAGUCUAGAUAGUUGGAUUGCGCUAAAGUACCCUGGUAUUGCUAUAUAUGUGGACACCUGCAGAGAAUGCUAUGAGGCCUAUGUCAUCUACAAUUUCAUGAUCUUCCUGCUGAAUUAUCUUGGCAAUCAGUACCCCAGUUUGGUCUUGAUGUUAGAGGUUCAGGAACAGCAGAAGCACCUCCCACCUCUCUGUUGCUGCCCACCAUGGCCCAUGGGAGAGGUGCUGCUCCUCAGAUGCAAGCUGGGAGUUCUACAGUACACUGUUGUGAGGCCAGUCACUACAGUCAUCGCACUGAUAUGCCAACUUUGUGGGGUCUAUGAUGAGGGGAACUUCAGUUCAAAGAAUGCAUGGACCUACCUGGUUAUUGUUAAUAACCUUUCCCAACUUUUUGCGAUGUAUUGUCUGGUGCUGUUCUACAGAACCCUGCGAGAGGAGUUGAGCCCCAUCAAACCAGUUGGCAAGUUCCUGUGUGUGAAACUCGUGGUGUUCGUGUCCUUCUGGCAAGCAGUUUUCAUCGCUCUCUUGGUCAAAGCAGGGGUGAUCUCAGACUCUCACACAUGGGACUGGGACAGUGUUGAAGCUGUGGCCACUGGAUUACAGGACUUUAUCAUCUGUGUGGAGAUGUUCUUGGCAGCCAUUGCACACCACUUCAGUUUCACCUACAAGCCUUAUAUCCAAGAGGCAGAGGAGGGCUCCUGUUUUGACUCCUUCCUGGCUAUGUGGGACAUCUCUGAUAUCAGAGCUGACAUAUCCGAGCAAGUACGAAACGUUGGGCGAACGGUUAUGGGUAGGCCCCGGAAGAUGUACUUUGGUGAGGAGCCAGACGAGGAUGAGCACAGAGGGCUGCUUUCAGCCGGCUCACAGGACCCAGUUGAAGCCUCCUCCACUCCUGCAUCUCCAAAAGGCCGAUACCAGGGCCUGGGCCGCACCCUUACCCCCCACUCACUGUCUGCACCUGCCAACCUGAGCACCGCGGCCUGGGACGGUGAUGUGGAUGACAUAACACCCACCCAGCUCAGAGAUUCUGCUGAGUCACUAAAUACAGAUGACGCUCCAGUGACUUAGCUAAUUGUCAGCUAGAUUGCUACAGUUGCUAAAGUAAAACAGCCAACGUUCAUUAGCCUCUGUAGCUUACACACACACACACACACACACACACACACACACCCUGUAAGGGUAGCUAGUGUGUGCCAGGUCUGCCUCACUGACACACACAGUUCUAAUGCAAAAGUAAUGGCCUCUGAAAUGAUUCUCCAACUUGUUAAUAAGUGGCCAGGGCGUUUGUGUGUGACUGACUGCUAUGCAUACUAAAGCCAGAGGGUACAGGCUCCUGACAUGAGACCAUGAUUUUCCUUUGACUCAGCUCUCUGGCAGACAUGACCAACACAAACCUAAAUAUGAAACAAAGCACAUCCUGUCCAGCAGAAUCCACAAAUGGCAUUUCUAAUGGAUUUAUCUCAGAGACAGCUGUUUGAAUGUUAAUGUGUGGGUUGUCCUCAUGAAGCAAACAAUGGUUUCAAUAUUUUAUCUUGAGUUAGCCAAGUUACCUUUUUGUUACAUUCAAAUGUAUUCAUUUGAUGGAAUUCUUAGUUUUUAUCAGUUUUAUCACAAUUUUAUGUGUGUUGCUAGAUGUCCAUGACCGGUUUUUCAUGUGAUGACUAUCUGAUAAUCUGGACCUGCUAAUAUUUUCUCAAGCCACCAUACGCUCUCUUAACUGUAACAUACAUCCACAGUAUGUACACUGGCAUAUACAUGUGUGUUCCACUAGAUGACCUGGUCUACAAUUCAGAUUUCACACUACACUGUAUUCAUGAUGAGAGGUUAAAUAUAUAUAUUUGGGAGACGUACAUGUAGUGCAGACACAUUAAGCAUAAAUGGAGGCCAGCCAUAUUCCUGUUUCAUGCGAACUCAUACAUGACAAAUGUACACCACAAUAGUGUUUGCAUGCUCAUGACAGACAUUGCAGAGAUUACAGGAACACAUGAAAUUCACCUUCUCACUGUAUUCUACAAACCACCACAGAAAAGUUAAUUUAUUUCCUGCACCUUUUAUGUGGUGCUAUCAUAAAAUCAUGCAUACUGCCUAGUUCUCGUUUAAUACAUGAGCAUGUACAACCCAGUUUUCUUUCCUUCUUUCCUCUUUUAAGUUAAACUGACAGCCAAGUGUCCCUCGAUUCCACUGGCUAUUUAUGUUUAUUUUUUUAUUUUUUAUUUGUUUUUACAAAUUAUGGAAAACCAAAACCCGGAGGUUCCAUAUUUCUUAGUUUUCUGCAUUAACAAUAUAUGUUCUGGACCAUCUCAACUGACGUUUUAACCAAAGAUUUAGUGUAUUCACCUGUAGUUAAGGUUCUCUUCAUUUGUUGCUCAGUUUGCUGUAAUAAAUGAAGAUGUACCAGUUUGGA